AUGGAAGACCUAAAAGAACGUCUCCUCCCAUCAAAACCUGCAUCUGGUAUAAACCCUAGAGAUGCAUCUUACAGGCGCCAGCCCUUCCAAGGAGUAGAUGUCCUGGGCCUAAAAAAGCGUGGGCAAGGGCUUCGAUCAUGGAUCCGUGUUGAUGCUGCAUCUGGGGAAGCCCAAGUUAUUGAAGUUGACAAAUUUACCAUGAUGCGUCGCUGUGAUCUUCCUGCACGUGAUCUUCGUCUUCUUGAUCCAUUAUUCGUCUACCCCUCAACAAUUCUUGGGAGAGAGAAGGCUAUAGUUGUGAAUUUGGAGCAGAUUCGGUGUAUCAUAACAUCGGAUGAAGUUCUUCUUUUGAAUUCUCUCGACAGUUAUGUGUUACAGUAUGUGGUGGAAUUACAACGAAGGUUAAAAGCUGCAGGGGAUGCAGGUGAUGUUUGGCAAUCAGAAAGCUCUGAUUUUAGCAGAUGGAAAGGAGUUAGGACUUUUCGGGAUAUGUUUGGAAGCCCUUCACCCGACUAUCUUCCCUUUGAAUUCAAGGCUUUAGAAGUUGCUCUUGAGGCUGCUUGUACAUUUCUGGACACGCAGGCAUCAGAAUUAGAAAUUGAAGCAUAUCCGUUGCUUGAUGAACUCACAUCAAAGAUCAGUACUUCGAAUUUGGAGCGUGUUCGUAGACUGAAAAGCAGACUAGUUGCUUUGACUCGUAGGGUUCAGAAGGUAAGAGAUGAGAUAGAGCAACUGAUGGAUGAUGAUGGAGAUAUGGCUGAAAUGUAUUUGACUGAAAAGAAAGGGGGAAAUGAGUCAUUAUUCUACAGUGGUGGUGGAGAUGGAUCUAUGGCGGGAUACAGAUCAACAGAUGGUACGCAAUCUGUUUCUGCUCCUGUGUCUCCGGUUUCUUCACCAAGAGAUGGAAAUGGUAAAAGGCUUGAAAAAAAUCUAAGCCUUGCAAGGAGCAGCAGGCAUGAUAGCAUAAGGAGUUCAGAUACUGCAACUGGAAAUAUUGAUGAGCUGGAGAUGCUUCUUGAAGCUUAUUUUAUUGUCACUGAUAGCACUCUCAAUAAGCUCACAUCGCUGAAGGAAUACAUUGAUGAUACUGAAGACUUCAUCAAUAUUCAACUGGAUAAUGUUCGGAACCAGCUGAUACAAUUUGAGUUGUUGCUGACAACAGCGACGUUUAUUGUGGCGAUAUUUGGGGUGGUGGCCGGGAUUUUUGGGAUGAAUUUUGAGAUCGGGUUGUUUACUAGCCAGUCUGCAUUUAAAUGGGUACUGCUCGUUACAGGGAUUUUUGGACUCUUUUUGUUUGCUUCCUUUCUCUGGUUUUUCAAGUACAGAAGACUCAUGCCAUUGUAGACACCCACAGUACUACAUCCUUCAAUGGCAUUGGAUAGCAGAAGAAAUAGGAACAUUUAUUAUUUCUUCAAUGCAAAUGAAAACACACCCUAUGGAGAUUAUUUGAUAAAAGGGUUGCCUCAUUUCCUUUUACUUUAUGGAUGUUUAAAACUAUGCAAAGUCACAUGAUUCAGUUCAGUGAGAACCCUAGAUUUUACCAUUCUUACCAAAAUACUCUCAUUAUUAUUAUAUAUGUACACAAAUAGAUACUGAA